CCCCCCGCGGCCGGCCGCCGGCGCCUCCUGAGUGGCCGCGCGGAAGUCGGGCCCCUUUAAGCUCCCGGACGCCCGGCGGGUGCGAGGAGGCCGAGGAGGCGGGGUCGCGGCGGAGGCCGGGCCGGCCACACCAAGCGUGACUUCCCCGGGGCGAGCCCUCUGAACGUGCCCUUCCUCGAAGCGGCUCACCGGGAGCCGGUGACGCCAGUAGUCGCAGCAAAAGUGUAUCUUUAGGGGACCGCUGUUAGCCGGAAAUAGCACAGUGUGCCACGUCUGCGGCCACUGACUCCUGCCCUGAGUAUUUAUGCAGAAAUAUGACUCAGAGAAUCGCGUUCCUGAUCCGGAGGCUACAGUUCCCGCGUCUGCUUUUCUUGGCUUUGUUGCCAGUUGAUCCUGUUAAAGAAAAUUAUGUUCGUAAAGUGAAAAACUGUAUUUUUUCAAUUGCCUUCCCAACUCCUUUCAAAUCAAGAGUACGUCUUGUAGCAGUUUCAAAGGAAGUUCUAGAAGAUAUUUUGGACCUUGAUUUAUCUGUCUCAAAAACAGAUGAUUUUAUCCAGCUUGUAAGUGGCAAGAAGAUAGUGUUUGGAUCCAUUCCACUGGCCCACCGAUACGGGGGCUACCAGUUUGGGAUAUGGGCAGAUCAGCUUGGGGAUGGAAGAGCCCACCUUAUUGGAAUUUACAUGAACAGACAGGGUGAAAAAUGGGAGCUCCAAUUAAAAGGAUCAGGAAAGACCCCAUACUCCCGAAAUGGUGAUGGUAGAGCUGUACUUCGUUCCUCGGUGAGAGAAUUUUUGUGUAGUGAGGCUAUGCACUAUCUUGGAAUUCCAACUAGCCGAGCUGCAAGUCUGGUCGUAAGCGAUGACGAAGUGUGGCGAGAUCAGUUUUACAAUGGAAAUAUUACGAAAGAACGAGGUGCGAUAGUACUGCGUGCUGCAAAAUCAUGGUUUAGAAUUGGAUCGUUAGAAAUUUUGGCUCAUUAUGGUGAACUGGAAUUACUGAGGACAUUGUUAGACUUUGUCAUACAGGAGCAUUUUCCCUCAAUAGAUGUCAAAGAACCUAAUAGAUAUGUGGAUUUGUUUUCUAUUGUGGUAUCUGAAACUGCACAACUUAUCGCCUUGUGGAUGUCUGUUGGUUUUGCUCAUGGUGUUUGUAAUACUGAUAACUUCAGUUUGUUAUCCAUUACAAUUGACUACGGUCCAUUUGGUUUUAUGGAAAACUAUAAUCCAGAUUAUGUACCAAACACAUCUGAUGAUGAAAGAAGAUAUAAAAUAGGCAAUCAGGCCAAUAUUGGAAUGUUUAAUUUAAAUAAGUUGUUACAAGCUCUAAACCCAUUACUGGAUCCUAGGCAAAAGCAACUUGCUGCUCAGAUUCUUGAGGGGUACCCUGUACUUUAUUACACAAGAUUUCAAAAAUUGUUCAAAGCCAAGUUGGGAUUACUUGGAGAAAGGGAAGGUGAUGAUGAUUUAAUUGCAUUUUUCUUGCAUCUCAUGGAAAAGACAGAAGCUGAUUUUACAAUGACGUUUCGGCAGCUUAGUGAGAUCACUCAAAGCCAGUUACUGGAGCUCAACAUUCCUCAGGGUUUGAAGGAAGGGGAGCCGGGAUUGAAACAGCGAGAUGCACCAGCCUCUUUCCACUGACUGUGCAACCACUUUCAAACAGAAAUGGCUGUUGUCUGUGGAGCAAAUGGGAGUUAAAGUAGGACUGUUUGAAAAAGAAGCAGAGCAAUUAUUAUUGCUAAAUUAGCUGUGGAUCAUGCUAAUUAUAAGGAAAAGUAUUAUUCUUACAGGUAUGAGCCAUGAAUUGCUCAUGAGCUAUUACAGGUAAUAGCCAUGAAUUGUACUUUUAGGAGUUUUUUGAAUAAAAGAAUAUCUGUUAUCACAAAAUGCAGAAAAAAUACAGAAAAAUAUUAACCAAAAGGCAUCUUUGAUAUAAUUUUAAAAAUGUCAGUGAUCCAUCUAUCAUAACCAAUUAACAUUUAAUUAGUGAUAACCACUAAUUAACAUUUAAUGUGUGAAAAACUGAGACAAAGUAAUGAUACUAGGUUGGUGCAAGAAUAAUUGUGGUUUUAGCAUUGUUGAAAUUUUCUGUUUGGUAUUGGAAUAUAUUCUUAAAUAAAUGUGGUUAU